CACGCGGCGGAGGGCGAAGGGCAGGCCGUAGCGUCGUCGACGCGGGGACGCACGGACGCUCGCUCCCGGCGACGCCGUGAGUAGGGAAGACCCUCCUCUGUGAACUGGCCCCGUUACACCAGAUAGAGCCCUUCAGAAGUUGAUCACAGUGAAGAGUUAGAUCUAAUGAUGCUGUUUGGAAAAAUUUCCCAGCAGUUAUUCAGCUUAAAGAGACUCCCUUGGUCAUGUGAUUCCAGAUACUUCUGGGGCUGGCUGAAUGCAGUGUUUAAUAACAACUACAGUUCCAAAGCCAGUGACCACAGUGAAAGGGACCUGCUGCUCUUCUCUUGCCUGCAGAGUGGAUUAUGAGCGCAUCAGGGCUGUUGGCCCGGACAGGGCGGCAUCUGAGUGGCUGCUGCGUUGCGGGGCCACAGUCCGUUACCAUGGCCAGGAGAGGUGGCAGAAGGACUACAACCAACUCCCGACAGGCCCCCUGGACAAAUAUAAGAUUCAAGCGAUCGAUGCCACAGACUCUUGCAUCAUGAACAUUGGAUUUGAUCACAUGGAAGGCCUAGAACAUGUUGAAAAAAUAAAAUUAUGCAAGUGCCAUUAUAUUGAGGAUGACUGUUUGUUGAGGAUUAGCCAACUUGAAAAAUUACAGAAAAGCCUGUUGGAAAUGGAAAUAAUUUCCUGUGGGAAUGUCACAGACAAGGGCAUCGUUGCUUUGCGUCACUUAAGAAACCUCAAGUAUUUGUUGUUAAGUGAUCUUCCUGGAGUAAGAGAAAAAGAAAAUAUUGUCCAAGUUUUUAAGACAACACUGCCUUCUCUUGAACUAGAAUUACAACUGAAGUAAAAUAAUAGUGUUUUAUUUCAGUAUGAAGGAUUAUUUGGAAUUGUUGGCCCUAAAAGAUAACAAAUAUAUAAUCAUCAGUAGAACCAUAACAGUGUCAUAUCAUGGCAUUUUAGAAGCACAAAAAAUAACUUUCAUGUGGAAAAAAUAAAUGUUCAGACAUAACUCGCUAAUGUUACUAAGUUGGAAGUGAGAAAUUAUGUAAUUAAAUCAUUUUAAGAAAAAUGCAAA